UAAUUUAAAUUAUUUUAAAGAUGAUUUUAAUAUGGAUAAUAAACCUGAAGAUGAGCCUGAAGAUGAACCUAAAGAUGAACUUAAAGUUGAGUUUAAUAUAGAUAAGAAAUCUAAAGAUAAUUUUAAUACAAAUAAUGUUCUUGAAAAUAUGCAAUCAGAUUUUAAUAAUAAAUUUGAUAUAUUAUCAUCUGAUAUCAAAUAUUUUUCUAAUAAUUCUGAUUA